GAUGACAACCGGUCGGUCCCCAACACCUCCCGCCAUCUUGACAGAAGCAGACGAUCCAUCUAAAACUGACAUAAAUACUGCACUGGGACCUUUCCCGCUCCCCAUGGAUUCUACAUAACAACACGGUAGCACGGCUACUUUACACUUACAACUAUGGAGGAUAUCAUGGAGGCAUUUGACAUCAAGGACCUUACCAUUCCGCAAGUGGGGGGUUCCCAGGCCAUGAAGGGGAGGGACAGCAAUGUCAGUAGUGGUUCGACCCACAGCCCAGCCAUGGAUGGCAUCGGUCCCUCACAAACAACAUCCUUACCCUACAUGAGUACAGAUUUACCCACAGCUAGUCACGACUGGUACCAGCCAGCUUCUGGAGUGUGUUCCGACACUGAACAAUUCGGCCAAGCACACCCGUGGUUCUCCAAAAACACCACCAGGAAAACCAUCUCUGAUGUCAACGUCUUCAAGAGAUUCUGCUCCGCGCCUCCGUUCAACGAGCCCCGCCCUCCCGAGGAGAUCCCGCCAUCCCAGCUCUGUCCGCUCCUCAUAUCGUACUUCACGUCCUGUAAGAAAAACAACGGGCAGAACUACGAACCCGAGUCGCUCAACAGCAUGCUGCGCUCCAUGGAGCGCUACCUCAAGGCCAGCGGUUACAUGUACAGCGUUGUCCAGUCGGAGGAGUUUCGCGAACUCCGUCUGAGUAUCAAGCGACGAAAGGACGAGCUUAAAGAGCUGAGCCACGUGAAGAACUCGACGGAAACUGUCUCGAAGAGGAAUUUCCCCACAGACGAAGAAGAGAUGGUGCUGUACUCCAAAGGGGUGAUUGGGAUGACGAACCCGUUCAGUCUGCUGUGUGCAAUGUGGAUCAUCAACUCUAAGUACUUCCGUAUCAAGUCACGAGAGACGACGGUCAGUCUCCGCUGGGGGGAGAUCCAGCUGAAGAAGCUGGCCAAUGGGAACGAGUAUCUGGAGUACGCGUCCCUGACAACAGACAACCCUGUGGCACGUAAGGCCUGGGCGGUGGUUCAGGGGAACCUCCCGUGUCCCGUGGUGGUGUACAAACAGUACGCGCUGCACCGUCCUGAUGCCAUGAUGCACCCUGAUGCACCCUUCUACCUCGGCUACUGGAGGAAGCUGCCAUCCAACAAGGUUUGGUUCAGAGAACAGGGGCUUGGCAAGGAGAGCAUCCUGAGGAUGAAAUCCUUACUGAAGGAGCAGGCACAGAACAUGAACCUACCUGUCCCUGUAUGGUUACGGGUGCUGAUCCAUCCUGAUAUGACCUCUGACACGACCUCUGACAUGACCUCUGACAUGACCCCUACCAUGACCCCUGCUCUGCCCGAGGUGCCAUCUACAGCUAUGGCUCCCACCACCCCCUCCACUACCAGACAUCCUACACCCCCUACCAUGGUACCCACCCCAACUACCAUGUUAUCCAACCCCCCAGCUGUAUUACACACCAAACCUGUCAUGCUACCCACACCUCCUUCCUUGCCACCCCCCUGUACCAGUAUGGGUCCCCCCCUUCCGACACCCCCAACUUCUUCCUUUUCGGAGUCCCCCGCUGUGUUCCAUACAGCAGCCCGACGCGUACCCGUUCGCAGUCCUGACCCAUGUGAGCCACCACGGAAGGCUCCAUGUCUCACACCUGCGGGACGUCAAACUGGCAGAACAGGUGACACCUCAGUCCUGCCAGCACCAGUACUUUAUGAGGUUCCUGUACACAACUCUUCCACUAGAGAUCUUCCCCCCAAUCAACAUGCCAAAGAAGGUGCCAAACAACCCACCAAUCAAAACCCUAGCCAGAUGGAGCUGCGUGAGAAAGUGCAGGUGCUGCAGGAAGAGAAGGUUCAGCUGCAGCAGUCGGUACUGGUGUUAGAACGAGACAAGGCCGUCCUGCAGGCCAAACUGGCCCAGAUGAAGCUUGCCCUCAGGGAGAUGGAGAUGCAACCAGUUGGAGAAAGUAACAAAGUUGGUGAUGCGACGCAGACCUUCAUGCUGGAGAUGCAGAAGAACCUGAUCUCUCAGUUCCAGGAAAACAUCAUCCGGCUGCAGAAGGACUUCCUGGAAGAGAAACGCAAGGCCGUGGAGGAGACCAAGAGGAAACAAUGGUGCAUCCAGUGUGGAAAGGAGGCCAGGCUGUACUGUUGCUGGAACACCAGUUACUGUGACUUCUCCUGCCAGCAAGCCCAUUGGCCGGUUCACAUGAGCACAUGUCACCAGCAGACCAAUCAGCAGCCAGCACCAGCUGCACCUCAGCCAAUGGAUGAAGAGAGGAGUCUCGUUCCCAGGUCAUCAGAGAAGACUCUCGUUCCCAGGCCAUUCCUUCAACAGCCGGUGAUCAUUCCAGCUAAGGCAGAGCCAGAUUCCUCCAGCCAGCUGACGGCUGCAAGUGGUUCAGGUGGUUCUGUGAGCAGGUUGGGCCAGGUGGCAGCCGGUCGUGGGCCGCCUAGGUGUGUGGACAUGCAUGAAAGGGAGGAGGGUGGGGGGAACAAUGACAGUCCCUCACCAACGUCACAGAACCAGACAGGAAACAGCACACAACGGAGGAAGAACGACCACAGCUACUCACACAAGUAGAGAGUAGACAAGAUCGUAAUGCUUUUAUCAUCCACAGUAUUCACAGUAUUGUUGCAGAUCUAUUUAUAUACAAUGUACUAAUGUAAUGUUGGACAUGAUGUACAAUAUGUCCCAUGUGUAUAUGUAGUUAUUGUGUACUCGUACUGAAGAUAUUUAAGACAACAUCAGGCCAUUUUCCAGGCCCUGAAGCAAAAUAUGUUUUUUAUACCUCUGUUCCAACUGUCGGUGCGUUUAUUUUUAUUGAUAGCUGUCAGCAGUAUAUGUGAUUUGAGUGACGUUUGUUUACUCAGGACAGCUGUCUGUUUUUUUUUUGUUUGUUUGUUUGUUGGUUGGUCAUCAGUAUAUACUUUUUUAAGAUGACCACUGUUUAUGUGACAGCUGUGUAGUUUUAACACUACUCACAUUUUUAUAUAGUUUUAUUAUGUAGUGAGUUGAGAUAGUGAGAAAGAUAACAUUGAGUUAUUUAUAUUAUGUAUACUAACUUAUGUAUGUUGAAGCUUAUUUUUGUUAUAUUUUUUUUACACAUAUCUGCAAAGUUAUUUCUGUACAACUAUGUUACCAUACUGGUGUUAGCACAGACUUUGCCAAGUGCUCUGUUUCAGAACUUUUUUCAUCUGAGAAUUUGGAAUAUCUGGAAAACAAACCACAUGUACAUGUGUUUAAAGUUAAAACUUUUGUUCCAACACAAAA